AUGGCAGUUCCUGUUACAGCCUCUGACCACCAGGGUUGUGCUGUUACCCGCUCUGCCUCUUGCAAGGAGGAUGCAGGGAAAAUGUUUGUUGGUGGUCUCAGCUGGGAAACGAGUAAGAAGGAUCUUAAAGAUUACUUCACUACAUUUGGCGAGGUGACAGAUUGCACCAUGAAGAUGGACCAGCGGACAGGCCGGUCAAGAGGCUUUGGCUUCAUUCUCUUUAAAGACGCAGCCAGUGUAGAAAAGGUUCUUGGACAGAAGGAGCACAGGCUCGAUGGCAGAGUGAUCGACCCAAAGAAAGCCAUGGCCAUGAAGAAGGAUCCAGUCAAGAUCUUUGUGGGAGGCCUUAACCCGGACACCUCAAAGGAAGUCAUUCAGGAGUACUUUGGAUCCUUUGGAGAGGAGGAGCUUCCACAAGAUCCAAGGACAGGGAAGAGGAGGGGAUUCAUAUUCAUCACAUAUAAAGAGACUCCUGUCAAGGAUACAUAA